AUGGGGGAUGAUCAGUUGAGCAUACGUAACCUGACUUCCAAUCACAUCCGUGUCGAAAAGUAUGAGAUUCACGAAAGGGUUGAUGGUGCUCGCAAUGGCAACAAAGUGAUCAGUGCAUCCAAAAAUGCGACAUCGGCCUUCGUGACGGCAAAGCCUCAUGAACUCGUCAGUAAGGAAAUGCAAACAAUUUCUGUAUUACUUGACCCAUCAACGUUUCGCAAAGUCCCUGUAAAAAGAGCAAAACUGCCCUCGCAGAUUCUCUGCAUUUUCUUUGAGAUCAAUGACAAUAAAUAUCAGUCCAACAUCAUCCACGCCCGGACUCACACUCAAUACUUGAUGAGCGUUGAUGGCAAUCCAGACCCUCCUUGCAAGCACAUCACGAUCUAUCAUCCUGAACAACAUCAUCUUGUCAUUGCCUUCAGGGAAUCUUACAAAUCUUGGAUGGGCUCGAUACGUGACGACGUCCCUCUGUCUGCGCUGUCUAUUCCUGGCACACAUAAUUCGCCAACAUAUCAUCAUGCAUUGCCAUCUGUCCGCUGUCAGAGUGUACCCGUCAUUGAGCAACUAAGGAAAGGCGUUCGAUUUCUUGACGUCCGAGUGCAGCCUGAGCAUCACAAGAUUCCAUUGAAAGACGAGAUGAUCUUGGUGCACAGCAUCUUUCCCAUUUCGCUGACUGGACCCCGCCAUUUCCGGCCGCUGGUCAGAGAAGUCUUACAGUUUCUAGAGGCAAAUCCAAGUGAGACAGUCAUCAUGUCCCUCAAACGCGAAGGUACUGGAUCGUCAACUGACGAGCACUUGAGCAUAUUGCUGCGGGAAAACUACGCCAGCGACCCCAGUAAAUGGUUCACCGCCCCUCGCAUCCCCUACCUUGGCGAAGUCCGGGGCAAGAUUGUAUUGAUCCGGCGAUUUGGUCUCGACCCCAGCCUACAAGAGGAAUGGGGCGGUAAUGGGUGGGGCAUUGAUGCUGACGCAUGGGCAGACAACAGUCCGCAUGCCGUCUGUCCAAGCGGUGAUAUCUGUUUCCAGGACUUUUAUGAAGUGCUUAAGCCAGAGAAUAUUGCACAGAAGAUACAGUACUCAGUUGAGCAUCUUCAAAGGGCGUCCACGAAUACAUUCAUUAGAGCCAGUGACUCAGCAUCUACAACCCAACCUUUCUAUAUCAAUUUCCUCACAGCUAGCAACUUCUGGAAGAUGAAGUGUUGGCCCUACUGGAUUUCAACGAAGCUAAAUCCCGCGAUUGUUGAACAUCUCUGCUUGAAUCACAACAAGAUUGAGGACGAGACAAUCACAACGGGAGAUGGCAGCACUGGUAUCGUUGUAUGCGACUGGGUGGGAUACCGCGGCAACUGGGACAUUGUACGAUGUAUUGUGGGAAUGAAUUCAAAAUUCGAAAAACCUCGAUAG